AUGGAUACUAAUCCACAAUUACCGUCAGCAAAUGAUUUAAAUACUACUUGGGCAUUCCUUGAAGCAGGAAUUGAUCAAAUCAUGAAUCGAUUAGAAGAAGGCCUUAGUUAUAAGCGUUAUAUGGAUCUUUAUACGUAUCCUUAUAUUUAUUGGGGAUUGGAACCUCUCCGUAAACAUUUUGAAGAACAUGUUCAUAAGGCUGGUUUAAAUGCAAUUGAAAAAAUCGCAGAUGCUGUUAAUGAUGCUUUGGAACCAAAAACUUAUGUUGAUGCCUUAUUAGAGGUACAUAGAAAAUAUAAUGAUAUGGUCACAACUGCCUUUAGGGGCGAAGCAAGUUUUGCGUGUCGAGAAUUUGUAAACAGGAAUAAAGUUUGUAAAUCUUCAACAUCCAAAUCGCCAGAAUUAUUGGCUAGAUUUUGUGAUUCGCUUCUUCGAAAAAGUGCAAAAAAUCCUGAAGAAGGUGAUCUCGAAGAUAUAUUAAAUAAUAUUAUGACAGUUUUUAAAUAUGUUGAAGAUAAAGAUGUAUUUCAAAAAUUUUAUUCGAAGAUGUUAGCGAAACGCCUUGUAAAUGGUACAUCAGCAUCUGAAGAUGCAGAAUCAAGUAUGAUUUCAAAAUUAAAAGAAGCAUGCGGGUUCGAAUAUACUUCAAAAUUACAACGUAUGUUUACUGAUAUGGGUUUAAGUAAGGACCUUAACGAUCAAUUUAGAGAAAGACAUUCAGUAGAACAAGUAGAUAAUCAAGUCGACUUUUCGGUUUUAGUAUUGGGUACUGCAUCUUGGCCACUUCAGCCCUCCACAACAAAUUUUAGUAUCCCAGAAGAGGUUGAAAGAACAUUUCAACGAUUCAAGAUUUUCUAUCAAAAUAAACAUUCAGGUCGUAAAUUGAAUUGGCUUUUCCAUCUUUCAAAAGGUGAAUUAAAAGCUAACUACUUGAAAGCAACAAAAACGGGAUAUACUUUUCAGGUAUCUACAUACCAGAUGGGUAUUCUUUUGCAAUACAAUAAAGAUACAUCUUAUUCAUUUGAAGAAUUGAGCCAGAGCACGGAUUUAAGUACAGAUGUAUUAUCAGGACAAUUGGGUAUUUUGGUAAAAGCCAAAGUUCUUUCAUUAAAUCAGGGUUCAGUUGGUGAGGCAGGAUCUCGUUAUGAGUUGAAUAUGGAAUUCAAGAGUAAGAAAAUUCGUGUUCAAUUAAAUAUACCAGUUAAAUCUGAACAAAAAGUUGAAGUAGAAGAAACUCAUAAGACGGUUGAAGAAGAUAGAAAAUUGUUGAUGCAGGCUGCUAUUGUGCGUAUAAUGAAAACACGUAAAACAAUGAAACAUGUAGCUUUGGUUCAAGAAGUAAUUUCUCAAUUGUCAAAUCGCUUCAAACCAAAAGUUCCAGAUAUAAAGAAAUGCAUUGACGUUUUAUUAGAGAAAGAAUAUAUAGAACGUGUCGAGGGUCAGAAAGAUAUGUUUUCUUAUGUUGCCUAG